AUGGGCUAUGACCUCUAUGUGACCGUCUGCCACCCACGGAGAUACACCAUUAUCUUGAACACCUGCCUCUGUGGCUUGCUCUCCCUACUCCCCUUACUAACUAGCAUUGUGAAUGCCCUACUUCACAGUCUGAUGGUGUUGCAUCUGUCCUUCUGCACAGAUCUGGAAAUCCCUCAUUUCUCCUGUGAACUUGCUCAGAUUCUCAAGCUCACCUGUUCUGAUACCAUCAUCAAUUACAUCCUAGUGUAUUUUGUGGUUACCGUAUGGGGUACUGUUCCUCUCUCUGGAAUCAUUUGCUCUUACACUCGGAUUUUCUCCUCUGUUUUGAGAAUGCCAUCAGUGGGUGCAAAGUAUAAAGCAUUUUCCACUCCUGGGUCUCACCUCUCAGUUGUUUCCUUAAUCUCUCAGGCAGGCCUUGGUGUGUACAUCUGUUCUGCAUUUACACACUCUUCCAGCAAGACAGCAGUAGCCUCAGUGAAGUACAGUGUGGUCCCUCAAAUGAUGAACCCUUUUAUCUAUAGCCUGAGGAACAGGGACAUGAAAGGAGCCUUGAGGAAAAUCAUCAGUAGGAUACCAUCAUUUUAG